AGGAAUUUAGAGGAAUUUAGAUGCUCAGGAUAGAGUUUUCAAUGCUCAGGACCCCUCCAACAUGAAGAAAUGGCUUGAAUACACCUUGCUCCUCAUCAUCUCUACGCUUCAUGGCUCGCUGCAGCAGAGAAUCAUUGGAGGACAGGAGGUUGAGCCCUAUUCCAUAAAGUACCAGGCCUCUAUCCAGUACAACAACUACCAUUACUGCGGAGGAACGCUCAUACACCGGCAGUGGGUGGUUACUGCCGCCCACUGCUGGAGACCGAGCUAUUUAAUCAAAGUGGUUUUGAGUGAACAUAAGCUCUCCAGUAAAGAGGGCGUAGAGCAGGUGUUCAGUGUGUCCAGAGUUCUGGUGAAUUACAUGUACAGUUACAGGACAUUUGAUAGUGACAUUAUGCUCUUGAAAUUGGAAAAGCCUGCAGAGCUCAAUGCCAACAUUCAGCUGGCUGUGCUGCCAACCUCACUCGCUCCUUUACAAGGGGGCACGUUUUGCACGGUGAGCGGCUGGGGCGUCACUCAGGUCUACAGUUAUUACCUGUCCCCCGUCCUGCGUGCUGUGGACGUCCAGAUCAUCCCUCAGUGUCAAUACUACUACUACUACAGAAUCACGGACAACAUGGUGUGCGCCGGCUCCCCGCUGGGUGGAAAAGACUCCUGCCAGGGCGACUCUGGUGGGCCUCUCAUCUGUAAUGGUUAUUUUGAGGGGAUUGUGUCCUGGGGCAUCAGUUGUGCCAACAAGUAUUUCCCAGGAGUCUACACCAAAGUCCGCAACUACGUCACUUGGAUCAACUGGAUAAUCGAAAAUGACAGCACCAGCUAGAACCUUCUUUUUCCAAAGGUGGUUGACCUGCCACACCACAGAAAUGACACCAGACGGUCAAAAAGACCCAGCGGUCAUGUCUGUUACAUAAGAUAUAAAUACCAGCAUCGAAACUUGUUUUAUUUUGUUAUGUUCUCAAACAAGGAUGUUCAAUUAAUAAAAGUGAAAGAAAGAGCAGAGCAGGUUUUGGAUAUCACAAAGCAAAAAAAAAUAUUUUUGUACUUAAUAUUUUUGUCUUGUUUUCCAGUAC